CUAUUUUAUUUGUGAAGUCACCCGUCUACCCAACAAAGCCCCAAAUUAGCCCGCGACUGGAUCGGCCAGAAGGGGAAUCGGUGCACUGCGGUGUGGACGGCAUCCGGGGCUGCUCCACGGCGGCGGAUAGAUUUUCUUCAAAGACCAUGGACUUAAACAACGGAGAAACCGGCGGUUCUUAUUGAUAACCUGAUCCAAGGAACUUGCAUGUACUUGCAAACGAGCAUUUUCUGAACCAGAUUGUAUCAUCUUUGUUCCACGAAGCUCAUUCAGAAGGAUUAUCUGGGAAAUCGUUAGAAUCUUUGGUGAAGUGAUGUCUUUCAUAGACGAAUUCGAAACCAAUUUGGAAGUAAUACCAAAUCUGUUACAGAAGAAGUAUGCAUUGAUGCGCGAUCUAGACAAAAGUUUACAAGAAGUCCAGCGGCAAACUGAGGAGCGAUGUCAACUGGAAAUUGAGGAUAUGAAGCAGCGUAUCAAGAGUGGUGGUAUUACGUCAGAUUCCUCCCUUCUUAAGUUCUCAGAUGAUACACUGGAUGAGCAAAAGCAUGCUAUCCGGAUAGCUGAUGAGAAAGUUGCUUUAGCCAUUCAGGCCUAUGAUCUAGUAGAUACUCAUAUUCAACAGCUUGACCAGUACCUGAAAAAAUGCGACGAGGAGCUUCGUAGAGUUGCAGAAAGAGAUAAUGCUGCAGCCACAGAACCACCUACGUCGACCAUUGACAGCAAUGUUAAAACUGGAAGAUCGGGUGAUAGUAGCAAAGGAGGCCGUAAAAAGACUCGUCUGGCAACAACAACAACAACAACAACAACAACACCAGCAGUUAACCCAACGGGUAUGGAUUUGGAUCUACCCGUGGAUCCAAAUGAACCAACAUAUUGCUUCUGCAACCAAGUUAGCUAUGGUGAAAUGGUUGCGUGCGACAAUCCUAAUUGCAAGAUAGAAUGGUUCCACUAUGGCUGUGUUGGCCUUAAAGAACAGCCCAAGGGCAAAUGGUACUGUUCUGAGUGUGCAGUAAAGCGAGGCCGCAAGAAAGGCAAGUGAAUACAUAUUAAGGCUGUGUUUGGUUGGGCGUGCUAUUUGAUUACAACACCAGUUCCAGCAAAUUGAACCAAAACAUGUGCAUUACGUGAACCAAACACACAUUGGAAUCAAAAUUCACCGUGAAUAGCACAAUUGACACUGUACGAUAUGAGUUCCACUAGGAGAGUUGUCUGCACAAGCUCCGAAAUUAGAAUUCCCAGCUGAUAUUUGAUCAAAACUAGAGAAGAUAGAAUCUAAAUUUGCCCAUAGUCACAUGUGAAGAGUUAUUUUGUUGAGCUUUCAAAUAAGGCAUGUCUAUGGCUUGUUUGGCGAGUGGCGUGCAGUCUAAACAUGGUACAUGAUAUUGUAUAUCGAGGAUUCCAGACUAGGUACAUUUACAGAGAAUACAUGCUACUCCCUCCGUCUCACAAAACAUUGCCCAUUUUGAAUAGUAUUUGGUCAAGCAGUUACACGCUUUGACUACAAAUUG